AUGGCAGGAACUGAAACAGUUUAUGGUGGAGUCGAAGGACCAGAUGCAAUGUAUGUGAAACUGAUUAGUAGUGAUGGGCAUGAAUUUAUCAUUAAAAAGGAUUUGGCACUAACAUCGGGUACAAUAAAAGCAAUGUUAUCCGGUCCUGGCUCUUAUUCAGAAAAUGAAACAAACGAAGUUAAUUUCAGGGAAAUUCCGUCACAUGUUCUACAGAAGGUGUGCCAAUAUUUUGCAUACAAGGUGCGUUAUACGAAUAGUGCGACGGAAAUACCUGAAUUUAGUAUAGCUCCCGAAGUGGCCCUCGAGCUUCUUAUGGCAGCUAAUUUUCUGGAUUGCUAA